AACUCAUUGUAACAUUCAUAGUGAGCACCACUAAUACUUUCAAACUCUAUCUCUUUCUAAAGUAGUAACUGCAACUUAAUUAGAGAGCAAUUCUUGAGAUUUCGGGCAUUUGUUAGUUGAAUUGAAGUUGCUAACUUUGUCCUCAAAGUACACAAAUCCAUGAAUAUGAAGAAGCAACAACAACAAGAACCAGAGAAAAUGACUAACCAAAAUGUAGUCGUUUCCGAUGCGAAAACGAGCAUGAAAGUGGCUGUUGCCAUGGCUAUGUCUAACCCAUCAUUAUUUUCCCCGGCUGUGCCGAAGCCCCCGGCUUCGUCUGCCGGGCGUUUUAUACGCCGAAAGCCCGUUAAGAAGCUUGAGACUCAAGGCGGUCCAACUAAGAUUAAUGCUUGGGUUGAUUCUAUGAGAGCUUCUUCUCCUGCUAAAUCUCCGCCUUCUUCUCCUGAGCAUGAUUCUUGGAUGAUGACACACCCAUCAGCAUUGGAAAUGUUCGACGAGAUCACGAAAGCGUCUAAAGGAAAGAAAAUGGUCAUGUUCCUUGAUUACGAUGGUACUCUUUCACCCAUUGUUCAAGACCCUGAUCGCGCUUUCAUGUCCGACGAGAUGAGAGCCGCGGUGAAAGCAGUGGCGAGAUACUUUCCUACUGCUAUUGUAAGCGGAAGAGGCAAGGACAAGGUUCACGACUUUGUGAAACUUAAGGAGUUGUAUUACGCGGGCAGCCACGGUAUGGACAUCGAAGGACCGGCACACGGUACCAACGAUAAAUCGGUCGUAUGCCAGCCUGCAAGCGAGUUUUUACCAAUGAUCAAUCAAGUGUACAAAAAGUUGGUCGUGAAAACUCAGUUUAUCGAAGGUGCUAAAGUUGAAAGUAACAAGUUCUGUUUAUCAGUCCAUUUUCGCUGCGUUGAAGAGAAGAAAUGGCCUGAACUUGUUGAGCUUGUGAAAGAAGUUCUUAGUGACUAUCCUAAGCUGAAAAUGAAUUAUGGAAGAAAGGUACUAGAAAUCAAGCCCACCAUUAAAUGGGACAAAGGCAAGGCACUUGAAUAUUUGUUGGAGGCACUUGGUUAUGCAAACUCUAAAGAUGUUUUACCAAUUUACAUUGGAGAUGAUAAAACCGACGAAGAUGCAUUUAAAGUUCUAAGGAAGAGAAAACAAGGAUUUGGUAUACUUGUUUCAAAGUUUCCUAAGGAAACUUCUGCUGCUUAUACCCUACAAGACCCCUCUGAGGUAAUGUGCUUUCUACAACGGAUGGUGGAAUGGAAGCAAGUAUCUCAGCGUGGUUACUAUAGAACCUGAUGAAGAUAAUUAAACAAGAACAAUCAACUUCAAACCCCGUAAUAUUUUUGCUAAUGGGGUUGAUUGUGUAAUUAGUUUUUAAUUUUUGUUUAUGGCAAUGAAAUGAAAUAGAAGCUAAGCAAGCAAUAUGUAAUAUUAGUACGUAGGGAGGGAAAAAAAGGGGGAUUUGAAAAUCAAAUACUCCCCUCGGAUUUUGUUGUUAAGUAGCUUUAUGUUGGAUCGUAAGUUUCAGGAUACCUAUGUAAUUAUUAAUUUUCCAUGGUGAAUAUAUUAGUGGAAAAUAUAUAUUGCAAAUUG